UUGCGGGCGCAAGUGAGUCUUUUGGGUCAAACAUUUCUCCACAUUUGACGUGCUGAUGUAGCAUUUUCCUUACACGGAGAAAACAGUUAGUGAGGAUUUACAAACCCAUUCACAUUCUCACUUCACGAGAUUGGAUGGAGGCACGAUCUUGUUAAGCGGAUCGAUAUAGAAGGGAAGUUCAAUCUUCUAGAUGCAACAGGCUCGAGUGCAGCAUUGAUUUGUCUUUGGCUGUAAGAUUUUUAUUAUUGUUUUCCAUAUUUGAAGCUCGUACAUUCAUGUUUUACUCAAGGGCACGGUACUAUGUGGGCGUUCAAUGGGCGUUUCUUCUCACCAUUUAAGGCUUUGUGGAAACCAGUUUGAGUCUCAUGUGGAAAACUAUUUACAAGUUGCAACCAUUAUUCUCUUCAAAUCUGAAGACAUAUGUGAAAUCACUGAUGUGAAGGGAAUUAUUGUGUCUUGCUGAACAUCCCAUGCAUUGGUACAGAUUUUGAAGUAUGCCUAAAAUGGACUGCUAAAGAACGGUUGUCAGUAGAAGUUAACUUGGAACUGUGUAGUGAAUGAAAGUUUCAAGUAUGCCUUCAAGUGACAACAUGGGAGCUGUAGAACCACAUCCAUUAGAAUCAAGUGUCACAGACAGUGUUGGAAGCAAUAGUGAUGCAUCUAGUCACACAGCAUGUCAGUCAACAACAGCACCGAGCCAACACAGUCAACAACGCAGCUGCAUGGAUGUCGUAUGUGUCAUUGACUUACUUCAAGCAGAGAACUCAUCUCAGCGCAAACGAGCUUGGGAAGAAGUGAAAGAAGCUUGCACACUGGUCAAUGCAAAUGCCCAUCAUAUUCAGUUUGAAAAAUUAGAUUUUGGUGAAACAAAUGUACUGGAUACAUUUUACAAUGCUGAUGUGGCUAUAGUAGAUCUAUCUGUGCAGACUCAGCAAAGUGCAUUGUUUUAUCAUCUAGGGAUACGUGAAAGUUUCAGUAUGAAAGAGAAUAUUUUAUUAACGAAUGACACAGACUCUGAAGGUACUCUUCGCUUGAAGAUUUCUUGUGCCUCUUACACUUUUGUUGCUUAUAAACUAAAUGAUGUUGGAGUUUGCAAUGUGACUCUUAGUUCGUGUGUGUCAAAAGUGUCAGGUGAAGAAGCCGUUCCUGAUGGUAAGCUUCAUCUUGCCUACAAACUGAAGAAACUUCUUCAAGAUGUGGAAGUACAAUCCAAAGCUCACAUGAAAGAAAAGUUUCUAGCUGACCUGCGUAAAGCCAGAGACAACUAUUCUGGAGAUGAGUUGGCCAAAGUUCUUCAUAAUUUACAAAAGAGACUUGAUGAUCCGAGCAUGGUGUCUGGUGAUGUUGUACUAAGUUUAUUGUUAUCAUUCAGGGAUGUACAAGAUUACGAUGCCAUGGUAACUUUGGUUAACAACCUAAAGAGCUUACACACUCAAAAGAAUUACACUCAAACUCCUCACAUAGCUUAUUUGUAUGCCUUUGCUCUAGCUCGACGAAAUCGAGAGGGUGACAGAGAGCAUGCACGUAGUGUUGUGGAACGCAGUUUGGAAAAGAAAGAAGGCCAGUUUCCAGAUAUGAUAUGUUUGUGUGGAAGAAUUUACAAGGACAAGUUCGUGGAAUCUGGCCACCAGGACCAGGAGAGCCUCAACAAAGCCAUUCAUUGGUACAGAAAAGGCUUUGAAAUCCAACCCAACGAAUAUGCAGGGAUCAAUUUAGCUACUCUUUUGGUUAUAGCUGGGAAUGAGUUUUUCAAGUCUGAAGAGUUGCAGAAUAUUGGAAGGGUGCUCAACAACUUAAUUGGAAAAAAAGGAAGCCUCAGUUCUCUCAAAGAUUAUUGGGAUGUAGCUACAUUUUUUGAGAUAAGUGUUCUUGCUGAGGAUUAUGCUAAGGCUACUCAAGCUUCCAUGUGCAUGUUUAAACUCAAGCCCCCAAAUUGGUAUUUAAAGAGCACCAUAGGAAACAUAGCUCUUAUCGACAGAUUUCGUAAAAAAAAUGAUGAGUCAACUCCAACUCCAGAAGAGCAAAUAUUUGGGUUUUGGAUGGAGUUUUUUGUCGAAGCUACAAAAACUGAAGGUGGGGAGAGUGAUAUAAGAUUUCCAAUGCUAGUUCUGGAACCUAACAAAGUUUUCAUGCCAAGCUAUGUAACAGUCAAUCUGGGAGCUGAAGAGAAGUCACUGCAAAUCUCAAAUAUAUGUUUAAAUUGCCUGAAGGGACAAGAUAUUUGCCAUCAGGUUCAUGAUUGGCUUUUUACAGCAAAUCAAAUUAGAAGUGUAAGUCUUUAUAAGAGAGAUGAACGAAGCUUAUUUCUGUAUGUGCACCAAAAUGGAGAUGACUUUCAAUGCUACCUCCCAUCUCAAAUGUGCCGCGAAAGGUUACACAAACUUAUUCUGGAAAUGACUGCUGAUCAAGAGGGAAUGGUGACAGAUUUGGACACUGAUCUCUCAAAAGAUCAAAUGAGUUAUGAGUAUGAUGAAGAUGAUAGUGGAAAGAAAGUUAUCCUGGGUAAAGGAACUUAUGGGGUCGUUUAUGCUGCAAGAGAUUUUACUACCCAAGUGAGGAUUGCAGUGAAAGAAAUUCCAGAGAAGAAAAUUGGAGACGUGCAGCCUUUACAUGAAGAAAUCAAGUUACAUUCUCAACUUCGCCAUCGAAACAUUGUCCAGUAUUUAGGAUCUGCAUCUGAGGAUGGCUACUUCAAAAUCUUUAUGGAACAGGUCCCUGGAGGUAGCCUUUCAUCCCUUUUACGCUCCAAGUGGGGUCCUCUAAAAGGUAAUGAAGCAACAAUAGCCUUCUAUACAAAACAAAUUUUAGAGGGCUUGAAGUACUUGCACGAUCAAAAGAUUGUGCAUCGAGACAUUAAGGGUGACAAUGCCCUUGUCAACACCUAUAAUGGUGUUGUCAAAAUAUCUGACUUUGGAACAUCUAAGCGCCUUGCAGCUUUGUGUCCAAGCACUGGAACGUUCACUGGAACUCUUCAAUAUAUGGCUCCAGAAGUAAUUGAUAAAGGACAAAGAGGCUAUGGAGCUGCUGCAGAUAUUUGGUCAUUGGGCUGUACAAUUGUGGAAAUGGCAACUGGUAAACCACCUUUCAUAGAGCUUGGUUCACCUCAAGCUGCUGUUUUCAAGGUAGGGUACUACAAAAUUCACCCAUUAAUUCCGACAGAACUUUCAGAAAGGGCCAAAAACUUUAUCCUCCGCUGCUUUGUACCUGAACCAGAAAAAAGAGCUACUGCUGCUGAACUUUUAGAAGAUGUUUUUUUAACAGAGAAGAAGAAGAGCAUUAAUAUAACCACAAGAGAUCUAAGUAGAAGUAUAUCCGUCCCCGCUGAAAGGAUUCUUCUAAAAUUGGACAAACAGACAAGUGCAAAUGCUGCAAUUUCACGGUCCCCUGUAUCCCCUGAUUUAGAUUCACACCCUUUAUCUUUAUGUGAAACAGAUUCAGGCUGUACUUCCAGACGCAGCUCAUCUGGUGGCCUUCUUUCUCCUGAAGUGGAACUGAAUACUUCUCGGAGCACCUGUGGAUCACCCAACCUUGUGAGCACAACAGAAACUACUGGGGAGCAAGACGGAUUUUAUCUUCUCAGAAAGGAUUCUCAACAAAGAGCAACUCUCUCCAGAGCCCUUGAAGAAGAUGAAGACAAAGUUUGUGAUCUUUGGAUGGACAGCCUCCAGGAAGAAGUUGAAAAUCCUCUUCUUUCAAAAACUCAAUUGAAAUCUUUGAUCAACAGUUUAAGGACUUACAUUUUAGACCAAAACAAAAAAGUUUUGAAUGAUGCCUUUCAACGGAUAAAAAAAGAAUUAGACUUUGAUGAGGUAUCGAUUAAUCAGCUUCAUUUAGCUGUUUACCGAUUUCAAGAUCCAGUCAAGGAAGUUUUGAAAAUGAGGCAUAUCAAACCACAUUGGAUGUUCGCGUUAGACAAUUUAGUGAGGAGUGCUGUGCAAGCUGCAAUUACUAUAUUAUCUCCACAGCUCCUUGCCACUAUGACUGGGGAAGAUCAGUCCUCUCAAAGAGAUAUCGACUGCAGUACUGUUUCAUCCAUCAACCUCCUCAAACCUCCCAAGGUACAUCAUGAUGUGGAGCAAUGCCAGAACGACAAUUUUAGAGUACAAAUGGAGCAGAUUAGGGAAGAAAACAUGUGCAUUCUCCAUGAGUUUUUGGAAACUCAAAGAUCUUUUCAAUCAUUAGUCAGUCAAUCCAUUCAUGAUCUGAAGCAUCAAAUUAAUAGUAUUCAGCACUUGCUUGAGCCCUAUGAUUCCACAAUUUCACAUGAUUCUGGAGCAAGUUCUGGAGUGCCUGAAAAAUCUUCAAAGAAACGACUUGUACCUCAAAUAAGUGUUAGUGAUACUUCUGCUCAAGAUGAUGGUUUAUUUGAUUGGCUUGAAAAAUUAGGUGUAGACGAAAGUUCUCAGGAAAAAUUUAGAGAUGAAGAGUUGUGUUUUGAAGAUGUUCUUACUUAUGUCACUAGGAGUGACCUUUCUAAGUUAAAACUUAGAAUUGGAGUUGAACUAAGAAUCUGGAAGGCAAUAUUGAAACAUAGAAAUGUGUAUCAACCUUUUGCAAACCCAUCUCAUUGUAAUUCUGAUUCAUCAGCAGUUGAUGGUAAUGACUCUCCGUCAUAGGUUCAAGUUAGUGAUUGCUCCUGACCGAACAUAUUUCUUGAGUACUUUAAUAACAAACUGUGAUUUUGAUAAUUUAAUAUAACAGUGAAGAUGUAACACUAUGGUGCUAAUAAUGUUAUUCAUUAAUGGCAAGCUACUAGCAAUAACUACAGUCAUUGGAAAAAUGUUGUCAAAACUUGUCACAUUGGGUAGGCUAAAAAUAAAAAAAGCCUACAGAUAUUUUGUAAGUUUGCAAGUAAUAUUUUUUACUACUUUUGGUUGGCAUCUGAAAGACUGAGGUUUCUUUUCUUGUAAUGUCAACACCAAAAUCUGUGAUGUGGCCUCAGUGUAGUGUGGAGAUAUUUUCCAAAAGCAUUGUUUUCAUUCAAAAAUUAUUUUUGUUUUGUUUUGUUUGUGUGCGUGCUCUGGUAAUUUAUUUUGUUUCGGAGCUGUGUUUCUCCUAAACCUAUGUCUCAUGGAACAGGUAAUUUACGUUUGUGCUGUCAUGAAUGUGACUGUGAUUUUCGUAGUGGAAUAAGAUAGGUGAAGCUCAUAGAACAGGUUGAGGCUGCAAAAUUGUUACUUUACUAUCCCUUUAUGAAAGUUGUUAUGAGAGGGAAUAGCAUAAUUUAUAAAAUCCUGCCUUAGUAUAAACUGUAAAAAAAAUGUGAUAAGUGAUUUUUAUCUUGUUAUGAUGAUAUUUUGAAGUCAGCAAAAUGUGCCUUUAACCGGGAGAACUUUCUUCUAUAGUCUUAACUUGGUUGUAGAUCAGCAGUGUGGUUCAUGCAGUUUUUUUUCAGCUUUUAAUAUACCACUUUUUUGUCUUUGUAUAUCAUUAAUGUUGAUGAUUUAUUUUGUGAACCGUCUAGUAUAUUCCUAAGGUAGGUGUAGGUCCAUGCAUCUGGAGGAGUCUUCAAUCUCACCCUGCUCUGAUAUAACAUUUAGUUUUUUGAGUAAUUCUGAUAACACUUAAGUGAUGUAUUGACAUCUAUUAUGUCAAUGUUAUACCAUUAUACUAAUACAACAUUUACCUUGAUAUGAAGCAUCUUCUGAGAAAAUGGUUCGUCAAAGCUAAUUUAGAUCUUAAAUAUUGUGGAAAUGUGUGAUCGUUAUGAGGGUCUUUCAUAUUUUUCUUCAAACUUACCAAUGUUGUAUUUAACAUUUUGUGCCAUUACCUCACAUCUUCCUGAACCUGUCUGUGUACUGAAAUAAUGU